UUUAUGUGCGGAUUAACUGCUGGCGGCGGGAGUAAUGGAAAUCUUAGGUGGAAAUUCUGAUAAUCGGUUUGCUUAAAGGCAUGGGUUUACGUUAAAAUAAAACCGCAAACAACAUAGGCAUUAGGCAAUGCCACCAUAUUGCCAUGCUCAUACUUGCAAAAAUAAUUCCCACCAAGUUUUUCUUCACCUUCCGACUUGUUCAAUUCCUUCCAAACCUCAAAUUCUCUUCGCUCGCCCUUACAAAUCAACUAAAGUUUCUGACCAAAGGAGCAUUUACCCCCCUGUUGCAAUCAUGUUCCUCGAAUCCAUCUCAGCUGAAACAAAUCCAUGCCCUCCUCCUCACAUCGGGCCUUUCCAUCAAGAACAGCCUCCUGACGCAUCUUCUCGCCAGCUUCAUAGCAUUGGGCGAUAUGUCGUACGCCCGUCAACUGUUCGAUGAAAUGCAUAAGCCCCGAGCUUUCUUGUGGAGCACACUGAUCAGAGGUUACGUGCAAAAUGGUCAACCCAAUGAAGCAGCCUCCAUUUAUAAGCGAAUGCAUCUUCUCGGUGUACGUCCUGAUUCGUACACCUUUCCCUUCGUCAUUAAGGCUUGUGCUGAGCUGCCUGAAUUCAAGGCUGCGGCUUCUACUACGCAUGCCCAGGUCGUGAAAUAUGGGAUGGAGUUUAUUGCAGUGAUAAGGACUGAAUUGAUGAUCAUGUAUGUCAUACUUGGAGAGGUAGGUUUAGCUGAUUUUUUGUUUAAGACCAUGGUUGAAAGAGAUUUAGUGGCAUGGAAUGCUUUCAUUGCAGCGUGUGCCCAAAAUGGAUAUGGUACUAAGGCUCUUGCUUUGUUCCGUGAAAUGGGGUCAACUGGAACUCGGCCAGAUGCUGUGACUUUGGUGAGUGCUCUAUCAGUUUGUGGCCAACUAGGGUACUCGGAUACUGGAGAGGAAAUUUAUCGUAUUGCGAGAGAAGAAGGGAUUGAUUGCAACAUAAUUGUUGAAAAUGCACGUCUAGACAUGCAUAUGAAGUGUGGUAAUAUUGACUUUGCGACCAAAUUGUUUGAGAAAAUUCCUCGCCGGAAUGUAAUUUCAUGGAGUACUAUGAUUUUAGGAUAUGCUAUUAAUGGGGAAAGUGCAAAGGCAUUAUCCUUGUUUUCUAGGAUGCAGAGAGAGGGAUUGCGGCCAAAUUAUGUUACGUAUCUAGGGGUUUUGACUGCCUGUAGCCAUGCUGGACUAGUGAGCCAGGGCUGGAGAUAUUUUAAUCGGAUGUCUCGGUCAGAUGAUGAAAGCAUCAAACCCAGGAAAGAACAUUAUGCUUGCAUGGUUGAUCUUCUUGGCCGAUCAGGACGUCUUGAAGAUGCGUAUAACUUCAUCAGAAGCAUGCCUAUUGAGCCAGACUCGGGAGUAUGGGGGGCUCUAUUGAGCGCCUGUGUUAUACACCAAAACGUGGAAUUGGGCCAACAUGCCGCGGAUCGUCUUUAUGAACUAGCUCCUGAUAUUGCUUCAUACCAGGUUCUAAUGUCCAAUAUGUAUGCAUCUGCUGGGAGGUGGGAUUUUGUUACUAAGGUGAGGCAGAGGAUGAGGAACAAGGGUGUCAGAAAAAUAGCUGCUUAUAGCUCAGUUGAGUUUAAUGGUGAUUUACAUGUUUUCUAUAAGGGAGAUAGUUCACAUCCACAGUCAAAGAUCAUAUAUGAAAAGUUGGAUUGCUUGAUUAAACAAAUGAAGAGUAUGGGUUACAGUUCAAAGACCAAUUCUGUGUUGCAUGAUGUGGAAUUGGAAGAGAAGGAACUAAUUCUCAGAACUCACAGUGAAAAGCUCGCCAUCGCGUUCGCUUUGAUUAAUGUAGGGCCUGAACGCCCCAUUAGAGUGAUAAAAAAUUUGAGAAUAUGCAAUGACUGCCAUACUUUCUCUAAAUUUGUCUCUCAAAUUUCAUUGAGAGAGAUAAUUAUGAGAGAUAAAAUUCGUUUUCAUCAUUUCAGGAAUGGGGUUUGUUCAUGUAAGGAUUUCUGGUAAUUGGCUAUGAGCAAUAACGAGUUUUCAAGCGGUAUAGGAAUCUAGACUCACUAUCCAUGUUUUCUGUUCCUGAAUGCCCCCACGCGUGGCGGUAAUUAGAGACAAACUACAGAUAAAGACAUCAAGGACACAAAAGAUGGCCAAAGAAUUACAUGUAACUAGAAAUCACGAUGUUUAGUAGCUCUCACAAAGCAUACCCUUGGUGAUAUUUCGCCUGCGCACCUUGAGUUCAUAUGGACUAGAAAAUCAUCCUAGUCAUCUUAUGAAAUAAGUACUCAUUUUCAUUGUAAGGAAAACUCUCAAUUCUUAGCUGUAUGCUAAUUGAGUCUUGGGACUCAGGCAUGUAUCAUUCUUUAAGAGGGAGGUUGAGGAAAUUAUUGAGAUGGUCAUACCCGCUGUUGUGAGCAACGGAUCUAUUGGUGAAUGUAAUUAUAGGCUACUCUUGCAUCAUUGCCAGCAAGCAAAACCCUGGAGUUGGACAGUGCCAAAAAUCUAUUAUUUUAAUAAAUCUCUCGCCUGCAUUCUGGACUUGGAUUUUCAUGAAUGAUCAAUCAACAUCGAAGAAGUCAACAGUCUGUAUCCUCUGUCUCAGACGCUAAUCAGAACUCAGAACUGUGAGAGCUUGGGGCUUUUCUGUGGCUAAAAGGAGCUGAACUUAAGGAGAAGUCAGUUCUAUCAAUCACAUGAGAUCAGGAUGCUUGUUAUUUGGUCGGACGAUGAGAAGAAACUGGUGCUGCUAUCCCGCUAGGAUGAGAUCUUAAUUUGUUCAGUGGACU